AUUGUCUAAUAUAUGACACUACUACUACUACUACUACUACUACUACUACUACUACUACUACUACUACUACUACUACUACUACUACUACUACUACUACUACUACUACUAUUACUACUACUACUACUAAUAAUAAUAAUAAUAAUACCAAUACUAAUAAUCGUAACAGUCAAUGA